AUGAAUAACUAAGUGCAAGGGAAUAACAAUUAGGCACCACAGGCGAAUCAGGGUUAGCAACAAGGAGGAUUUGGGUUUUUCAGAAUAAUUCUAACCUUGAUAGGAGUUAACUAUUUGAUGUCAUUUUUCUCAUAAUCAAACUCUCGCGUAGACACUUAUUUCAACAUCCUAAACUCGAAUAGUCUGUUCAACUUAACCAUCACAAACAACGUAACUGAUUGGACUUUAAACGAAUUAGAUUUAAUGUAUAGUAAGGACACCACAAUUGUGAAGAACAUUACUUUGACUGGAAUAGAAUUACUUGAAAAUCCUUAUUUCAGCAUAUAAUUGGGCAACAGUAAUUUUAAUAUUCAUUCUGGUUUCUCAUUAACAAAGCUUAUGAAAGUGGAAUAGAAUGAAAAAAAGAAUUUGUUGUUUGAUAAACACGAUGAAUAUAUGAUUAAGAAACAAGACGAGAAUUAAACGAGUUCAAAAUAUGAAUGGCAUGUCAAAAAUAAAUAGUAUCUAUUAUUUGUGCAUGACUCAAAUUCUUACCCAAAAAAUUAAAUUCCACCAUAAAUUAAAUAUCGAUUCCAAAGGACUGAAGAAGGUUUCAUUUACACUCCAAAUCUAGACGUAGAUAACUAUUUUUUGAGAAAGAAAGAUCACAUAUUGAUAUAAGCAAAUGAGACAUAUGAGAUUCCAAUAGAGUUUAAUUGUUAUUAUUCUUGGAAGUAUUACAUGAUAGAUUCAUUGAAGAAUGCAGGUAAGUUCUAUGAAAAUUUGGGCAUGGAAAUAUACGACGAAAUAGCAGAAGAUAAUACAAAGGAGAUGCUUUUCGAGACAAAUUUCUAUUUGGUUGCAUUAACAAUGGUUGUUAGUGUAUUGCAUACGAUAUUUUCAACAUUGGCAAUAAAGAAUGACUUUUAAUAUUGGAAGAAUUUGGGUUCACAAGAGGGGAUCUCCAUUAGAGCUUUGUAUACAAAUUUUGUCUUCGAUAUUAUCAUCACCUUGUAUUUGCUGGAUAAUGAGACUUCAUAUCUGAUCAUUGUUUAAUAAUUUGUUGAAUUGGGAUUGAUGAUGUGGAAGAUCACCAAAACAACAAAAUUCAAAAUAAUUAAAGUAUUUCCAUAUGUGGAAUUUUUGCAUCAAAAAUCAUAUGAAUCAAAAACCUAACAAUACGAUUAAAAAGCUGCUAAUUUCUUAUAUAAGUUAUCAGUCCCAUUGUUUGCUGCUUACCUUGUUUAUGCUCUAAUUUACUAAGAGCACAAAGGAAUUUACUCGUUCAUUAUAGAGAGUUUGGUUGAAUUCAUUUAUUUAUUCGGGUUUAUAAACAUGACUCCUUAGCUCUUUAUUAAUUAUAAACUAAAAUCAGUGGCUCAUUUGCCAUGGAGAACAAUGAUAUACAAGUUUUUGAAUACUAUAAUCGAUGAUUUGUUUGCUUUUAUAAUUACAAUGCCGUGGUUGAAGAGAUUGAGUUGCUUUAGAGACGAUGUCAUAUUUUUAAUAUAUAUAUAUCAAAGAAGAAUCUACAAAGUAGAUCCUAAUAGAUUAGAUGCUGGGUACUCAUAAGAUAUAGACACAAAAUAAGAAGUCACAGAUGGUAAAGAGAAGAAGGAUUGA